AAGCAGCAUCAGUUCCGCACGCGCCACAUUUUCGUGGAUCGCUGCCUGCGACCUUUGCGCAGGUAGUUCUGAGCUACGAGGAAACGCGAAGUGGACCGCUUUCGACUGACUUCAGAACUAAGUUAUCAAUGCCUGCUAUGCCAACGCUAGCAGCGCCUGUUGAGGAAUUGGUAUUUCAUAAGAAAAACAAGAAAGUCUCAUCUAUUAAAUACCGGCGGUUAGCGCCGAAAGUCCGGUAGUGCCGGGACAGGGAGUGGGAAUGGGCACGGUGCCGGGAUCGGCGCUGGAAAAGGGUAGUGGGGGGACCGGUGGAGAAUUCAGGAAGCGCUCACUGCCUCUCACCGCCAACGCCAUGCCUGCAGCACGAGCAGCAACAAAAGAAAAUAUAUCUUCCAAUCCUCCGCCAAGCUCCCGCGCGCAGGGAAAGCAGCCUAUGUCGUAUGCACCGCCGACAACGACAUCCACAGCAACUACGACGACCACCCCAACAACGGCCACGGCCACCGUCAAUGGCCAGCAACCAGCGAGAACGGCUCGUGCGGCAUCAAAGGCACCGAUUCCUGCCCACGCCUACCAGCAUAAUCACUCUCAUCACCAUCCAUCGCCUCCAUCAUCCAAUGCAUCCGUGCCACAGAAACAUCGUCCUCCGGCAACAGCUGCUCCAGGUAAAUCCUCUCAGAACAACUCCAAGAUCUGGAGCACUAGCUCCACAGAAGAACGUGAGCGUAUCAAAGAAUUCUGGCUUGGUCUGGGCGAGGACGAGCGUCGCAAUUUGGUCAAGAUCGAGAAGGAUACCGUCCUCCGGAAGAUGAAAGAGCAGCAGAAGCAUAGUUGCAGUUGUGCAGUCUGCGGCAGGAAGCGACAUGCGAUCGAGGAAGAGCUUGAGCGCUAUGUCUCCUCUGGUGGCACUAUACCCCCUCCCCCUGGGCCGGGUCCGUUUCCCGGCAGCGUCGAACUCGAUAAGAACGGCGCUGUUAUCGAUCCUCCUCAGAAUAAAGUUUCCCAUAAUCCUCCGCCAUCUAAUAGAACACCAGCCCUGACGAACGGCCGAAAACCUCCGAAACAUGAAAGUGAGUUCGAUGACGAUGAUGGGGAUGAGGAGGAGUAUGAGGAGGAAGAGGAGGAGUAUGAAGAAGACGAGGAAGAGGAGGAGGAGGAUGAGGAUCCGGAAGAGGAGGAAGAAGAAGUAAAACCACGAGAUCGACGUAAUCCCGGUGUUCGCGGACGAAGGCCUGUGAAUAACGCGAAGGUUAAUGGUCGUGACGGUCUGUUCAACCUUGGGAGUAACUUGACAGUAACUGGUCCAGGUAACAUCCUGACAGUUGCAGACGACCUCCUAAAGAAUGAUGGGCAAAAAUUCUUAGAGAUGAUGGAGCAGCUCGCUGAGCGUCGAAUGCAGCGAGAAGAGGAAGCGGCUGCCGAUGUUGAAGAUGAAAGUGAUGAAGAGGACGAUGAGGAAGGUGAUGACGACGACGACGAUGACGACGACGAAGAAGAAGAGGACGAUGAUGACGACGAGGAGGAGGAGGUGAUGACCGAGGAGCAAAAGAUGGAGGAGGGCAAGCGGAUGUUCUCCAUUUUUGCUGCUCGGAUGUUUGAGCAGCGUGUCCUUCAAGCUUUUCGGGAAAAAGUUGCACAGGAACGUCAAAUGCAACUUCUGCGCGAACUUGAGGAUGAGGACAAGCUCACAAAGGAGCGAGAGGCAAAGAAGCAACUCAGAACCAGAAGAAGAAGGCUAAGAAAAUACUCCAAAAACAAGCUCGAGACGAGGAGCGAGCUGCCAAAGCAGCAGAGAAGGCAGCAGAGGAAGCCGCUACCAAGGCCAAGCAGGCAGCACAAGAGGACGCGCAGCGGAAGAAACGCGAAGAAGAACGUGUUCGUCGUGAAGCUGCCCGAAAAGCUGCAGAUGAAGAGAAACAACGUAAAGAGGAGGAGCGUCGUAAACGUGUUGCAGAGGAAAAGGAGCGAGAAGCCGAGCGGGAACGUAAACGCAAGGAAAAGGAAGAGAGGGUCAAGCAGGGAGCGCCGUGAGCGGGAAGAAAAGGAGCGUAAGGCCAAGGAGGAGAGGGAUGCAAAGGCGGCUGCUGAAAAAGCUGCCCGAGAUGCUGCCCGAAAGGAGCAACAAGAGAGGGAAGAACGUGAGAGGAAGCUUGCCAAGGGAAAAGGGAGGAGAAGGAGAAAGCGGAAAGGGAAAAAGAACGGGUUGCCCAGCAGCAACGAGCUGGCAAGCACACCCGUCCACCAACCUCUCCCCGUCCCUCUACGCAACGCACUCAGAGUAACAAUGGUCCUUCUAAGAAAAUUCUCAGCAAGCCCAUCCCAGUCACUCCUACUCCGUCCCGGAAGUACGCCACGGCCCGUCGCUGCAGCAGACAUCCCAGCAGCAGCCGCAGCGUUCCAUAUUGUCUAAUUCUCAACCUGCAACUCCCGUGGCACCCUCCGUGCAAAAUCAUUUUCCUCCGUCCACCACUGCUCAUUAUCCUGUCACUCCUCUGGC